CUAGACAGCUGCAGGGCCUUGGACCCUGCUGUCCCCCUUCCUGGAGCAGGUGUUUUCCUUGUCAGGCUGGGAUGGGGCCCCACCGGGGGGUCAUGGAGGCACUUUUCUGAGGCAGUAUAAGCUCCGGAACCUAAUGUAAGGGGCCCUGGUGGCACCUUGACUAAACAAAAGGCUGCUGACCGAAUGGUUGAUGGUUCGAGCCCACCAGCCACUUUGUGGGAAAAAGACGAGGCUGUCUGCUUCUGGAAGGCUGACAGCCUGGCAACCCAGAGGCUCACUUGGUCCUGUGGGUCUGAACCCACAACAGUGUGUUUGCUUUUCACUAGGGGAACGUUUCAGGUGCCAGCACCACCCAGUGGCACCUGCCUCCUUUUCCACCCUGGGCUCAGUGACUUGAAAUCAAAGCUCAGCCCUGUGGGUAUGCUGACCACAUUGGUAGCCCUGAGCAGCCACAAGUGGGUGGGGCACCAUUGUCAUCAGGGAGAGCUCUGUUGGGGCUGGCCGGGAUGGGCCUCCCCAGGGAACCCCACCUGAUCUGUGGUGGGAACCUGGUGGGAUGACUCGCUGUGCCAGGGUUCCCUGUGUCACUGGGCUCCUCAGCCGUCAGUCUCCUCCUGGGGGUCGGCCUCGGGGCUGAGGGGUCCCGCUCGGGUGCAGGCUGUGAGGCACUCCGAGGCCCUGCCUGUCUAGGUGGCCUUGGCUCCUCAGCCGCAGGCGCCUUCCCUCUGCAUGCACACUGGCUCCUGCUCGUCUCAGGACUGGUCUUCAGUCACCUCUCCCAGAGCCCAAUUCUGAGCUCCGUCCCCUGUGCACCAUCAACUGUGUACAUCGGGACGGUCUCCUGCCCUGCACUAACCUUGUGAGUUAGUGUCACCUCUGGGGAAGGAGACCCCCUUCUGGGCCAGAGGGCUGUGGCUGCUAUCAUUUGUUCAGGGUCACCCGUGCCUGGACACAGAAGUGCCCACCCCCCACCCCACAGGUUCAGGUCAAGGCAGGUCGGCAUGGGCCUGGUCUUGGCAUGCUCCUGUUCCCAACCCCCUCCCUCGUCCAUGUUUCCUGGGUUGGCCUGGCCAGGAGUGACUGUGUGUCUGUCCCCUGUCUCCCCAGCAGCGUCCGUCCCCAAGAGAGUAUGAAGAGAGUGCGUCUGUAGGGCAGGGAAGAUGGCGGACAAGCGCAAACUCCAAGGUGAGAUUGAUCGCUGCCUCAAGAAGGUGUCCGAGGGCGUGGAGCAGUUUGAGGAUAUUUGGCAGAAGCUCCACAAUGCGGCCAACGCGAACCAGAAAGAAAAGUAUGAGGCUGACCUAAAGAAGGAGAUUAAGAAGCUACAACGGCUGAGGGACCAGAUCAAGACCUGGGUAGCGUCCAACGAGAUCAAGGACAAGAGGCAGCUCAUAGACAACCGCAAGCUCAUUGAAACGCAAAUGGAACGGUUCAAAGUGGUGGAGCGAGAGACCAAAACCAAAGCCUACAGCAAGGAGGGCCUGGGCCUGGCGCAGAAGGUGGACCCAGCGCAGAAGGAGAAGGAGGAGGUUGGCCAGUGGCUCACGAACACCAUCGACACCCUGAACAUGCAGGUGGACCAGUUUGAGAGUGAGGUGGAGUCACUGUCGGUGCAGACGCGCAAGAAGAAGGGGGACAAGGAUCAGAAGCAGGACCGGAUCGAGGGCCUGAAGCGGCACAUCGAGAAGCACCGCUACCACGUGCGCAUGCUGGAGACAAUCCUGCGCAUGCUGGACAACGACUCCAUCCUGGUGGACGCCAUCCGCAAGAUCAAGGACGACGUGGAGUACUACGUGGACUCCUCCCAGUACCCUGACUUCGAGGAGAAUGAGUUCCUUUAUGACGACCUGGACCUCGAGGACAUUCCGCAGGCGCUGGUCGCCACCUCCCCCCCCAGCCACAGCCACAUGGAGGACGAGGUCUUCAACCAGUCCAGCAGCACACCCACGUCCACCACCUCCAGCUCACCCAUCCCACCCAGCCCCGCCAACUGCACCACGGAGAACUCCGAGGACGACAAGAAGAGGGGCCGAUCGACGGACAGCGAGGUCAGCCAGUCUCCCGCCAAAAACGGCUCCAAGCCCGCCCACGGCAACCAGCAUGCUCAGUCCGCGGCUGUGCCGCCCAGCUACCCCUCAGGCCCUGCACCAGCCACCUCUGCCCUGAGUGCCACCCCCGGCAACAACGGGGCGCCCACCCCAGCAGCACCCCCGAGUGCCCUGGGCCCCAAGGCCAGCCCGGCCCCCAGCCACAACUCAGGCACCCCCGCCCCCUAUGCUCAGGCCGUGGCCCCACCAGCUCCCAGUGGGCCCACCUCAGCCCAGCCCCGGCCCCCCAGCGCCCAGGCUGGCGGCGGGGGCGGCAGCAGCAACAACAGCGGGGGCAACACCGGCAAGCAGAAUGGGGCGUCCAGUUACAGCUCUGUGGUGGCCGACAGCCCAGCAGAGGCUGCCCUGAGCAGUGGCGGGAGCAGCAACACCAGCAGCCAGGCUCUGGGCCCGCCAGCCGGCCCCCACAAUCAACCUCCCGGCACAUCGAAGGAACCCAGCUCGGCAGCUCCAGCCGGGGCUGGAGGCGUGGCCCCCGGCUCAGCGAGCACCACCGGGGGACCCAGCCUCCUGGUGCCAUUGCCUGUGAACCCCCCCAGCUCCCCAACACCCAGCUUCAGCGAGGCCAAGGCCACAGGGACCUUGCUCAACGGGCCCCCGCAGUUCAGCAGUGCCCCAGAGAUCAAGGCCCCCGAGCCUCUGAGCUCCCUCAAGUCCAUGGCAGAGCGGGCGGCCAUCAGCUCCGGCAUCGGGGACCCUGUGCCAACGCUGCACCUGACAGAGAGAGACAUCAUCCUGAGCAGCACGUCCGCCCCGCCUGUCUCGGCGGUGCCGCCCCUGCAGCUGUCAGAGGUGAACAUCCCGCUGUCGCUGGGUGUGUGUCCCCUGGGGCCUGUGCCCCUCACCAAGGAGCAGCUCUACCAGCAGGCCAUGGAGGAGGCCGCCUGGCACCACAUGCCCCACCCAUCCGACUCCGAGCGGAUCCGGCAGUACCUCCCCCGGAACCCCUGCCCGACGCCCCCCUACCACCACCAGAUGCCCCCGCCGCACUCUGACACGGUGGAGUUCUACCAGCGCCUGUCCACAGAAACGCUCUUCUUCAUCUUCUACUAUUUGGAAGGCACGAAGGCGCAGUACUUGGCCGCCAAGGCCCUGAAGAAGCAGUCGUGGCGGUUCCACACCAAGUACAUGAUGUGGUUCCAGCGGCACGAGGAGCCCAAGACUAUUACGGACGAGUUCGAGCAGGGCACCUAUAUCUAUUUCGACUACGAAAAGUGGGGCCAGCGUAAGAAGGAGGGCUUCACCUUCGAGUACCGCUACCUGGAGGACCGGGACCUCCAGUGACACCGGCCGGCCCCUGCCCGCCCCUCCCCGCAUGCUGACCCCUGCCCUGGAAGACUGGGGGUGCCCUCUCCCACGGGGCAGCCCCUUCCCCCAGGAAGCAGGGAGGGGCCAGGUGGUCUUCUCAUCCCCCUCAGCCCCGCCCUGGUGCCCGGGGGCGGGGCUGCCCCUUCUCCCCUCCCCAGUGAGGGACAUUUUUUGGUAAACCUAUUUUCAUUUUGGAAAAUAUUUAUGAAUAAAUAGUUUUAUAUGA